UCCAAAAGAUUCCACCAACCCCUGCGACACGACCAAAUAAGAAAUUUGGAGGGAAAAUUAAACUGGAAAAAGAAGCCCUAAUUGGGGGAGACUGGAGAGGGGGUUUGGUCGAUUGUUCUCUUUCAUUCCUUUGAAUUAUCAAUUUCUUCUUCAUCAUCACACUAACCAUCAGAUUAUUAUUUUUUAUUAUCAAAUUUUCGAUAUCCAUUUAUCAUCGUAUUUUUGGUUAUGCAAGAAUCAAUUUUUUCAUUGACUAACAACAACAAUAAGAGAAAUGGAGGGAAUGUUUUUUCCUCUUCUGCAAACCGCAAGCAACCGAGAAUCCUUACUCAAACAGCGUUAGUUCAUAUUCUUCCUCUCGGUCUCCCUCUGCUUUCAGCAGUCACUGGCUUGGCUCUCGAAUCGGUCUAUCUUGAACCGGAUCGUCCAUAUACAAUUGGUCGAACCAGGCGGUCCUGUGAUUUCUUCUUCGAUAAUCGCCUGGUCAGUAAGCAGCACUGCCAGAUUCUUUUUGAUAGUAAAUACCGCAGAAUUUAUAUUCUUGAUGGCGCAAUUAUGCCGAAUGGUUUUAGUUUUGGUUCUGUUGUUGAUGAAUUUAGGAGAAUGUUGCUUUAUGCUGAUGAAUUGGAAGAGGAAAAGGCGGUUAUGGAAUGUUACAGAGUUAGGAAUUCAUUGAAUGGGGUGUUUGUUAAUGAUGUUAGGAUUAGGAAAGGUAUUGUUCGGGAAUUAUGUGCUGGUGAUGAUAUUUUUCUUGUUUGUGGAAGUGAUGGGGCUUGUAGUUCGGGGAUGCGAAUUGGUUUUGUGAUCCAAGGAAUUAUUUUCAAGGAAGUUGCUUUUGGCUUUAAUGAGAAGAAAGUCGAGAGGCUGCAGUUACAUGAGACCGAGACCUCCUCGCUACACUCUCAAGGAACUGUAUCUAGUGGGAACAGAAACAAACGGGUUUUGCUUUGUAAUUUGACUAAAUGUUCUUCUAGAGUAGAACUAACGUUGGAAAGUCUUGUGCCAGUUUCUGGGGGGAAAAGAUUGUUGAGUGAAAAAAGGCCCAGCAAGGUACAGUCAACUCUCCUAAUGUGCAAAGUUAAAAGAGCAGAGGUUUCAAAUGUGUUUGGUGAAAGAGACAGUGCUGGAGUCCUUCAUGACAAUGAUGUUGCAUGUGAUCAUCACAGGUCUUCCUCAUUGAAUUCUUUGUGCAGGGAAAAUGCUACCAUCGCCGACCCGGUUAAUAAUGAAAACAGAUGUUUCAGUUCUUGUUCGUCGCCAGGGAAGAAGUUUCACCUCAACCGCCUCCGAUUUAUGGACAAAAAUUCAUCGAAGCACAGUAAUGUUGUUUCCUUGCAGGAACUUCUUCAUCCUGUUGAAAAUAUUUCGCGAAUAUUUAUUGCAACAUUCACAAGUGACAUCUUAUGGUUUCUAUCAUCCUGUGAGAUUCCUUGUCACCUUCCAGUAACAAUUGCAUGUCAUAACACAGAGAGAUGUUGGAGCACCCACCCUGAUAGGAGAAGUUCCACGCCUUAUGGAAGUUUUCCAAACUUAGUUGUUGUGUUUCCUCCAUUUACUGAGGCUGUCGCUUUUGGAAAAGACUGCAAGAAACAAGGCAUUGCUUGCCAUCAUCCAAAAUUUCUUGUUUUGCAGAGGGAAGAUAGCAUUCGUGUAAUUAUUACUUCUGCAAAUUUAGUUGCAAAACAGGUGAUACUUAAAGAUCUUUCUUUCACUUCAUGUAGUGAUCAUGUCAAGUUAAUUCUGAACUACCAACCAGAGAAUAUUACAACUUAUUGUUUCUCAUGGGCGUGUGAUGCUAAGUUUCUGGGUUUGGUUGAAGCAUCUAUAGUUGGUUUGAGCCAUUUUUUUCGCACUGCAAGAGACUCAAAUGGCGCACAGCUCAAGAAGCUGGCUUCUUUUCUUGGUAAAUCUUGUGAGAAUGGAUCCGGAAUGUUGGAGGUUGUUUUGAGAAGGAAUACCAAUGUGCCAGCUGAUCUAAAUGCUGUGAGCAUUUUUGUUCCUAACCCUGAUGAAUCCAGGGAGGCAGAUUGCGUUCAAUUAGGAUUUCUACCAAGAAAUGUUGCAAAGUGGGUUUCUCCAUUAUGGGAUGUUGGAUUCUUCAGAUUCUAUGGAUAUAUUUAUCGCAAGGAAGCCCUUGAAGCAGCUUUUGGAGGAGACAAGAAAGUACAACUGACACUACACGUAUCACAGGGCCCUUGCUUUUCAGAUUUAGCAAAGAUGAUUCAAUCACAAGAAAUUGUUGCCUUAUGCUCUCUCAUUGCUUCAAUUCAGAGGUGUACUGGAAUAUGGAGACUGCAGGAGGUUCUUAGUCAGUACAAAUGGCCUGAAUCACAAGAAUCUGAUUUUGUCUAUGGGUCGUCCUCAGUUGGGUCAGUGAAUGCCGAAUUUCUUGCUGCAUUUGCAGCCGCAGCUGGAAAGAGAUCAUUGCGACUUUUUGAAUCUGAAGAAUCUGAUCCAGAGUGGGCCUGCUGGAGUGCUAGUCAGGAGUUGAAAUCUCCAUCCAUCGGAAUCAUUUUUCCCACUAUUGAAACUGUUAAGAAUGCACAUGAUGGAGUUUUGCCUUCAAAUAAAAUUCUUUGUUUCUCAGAGAAAACAUGGCAAAGGCUGAGACACAUGAGUGUACUUCAUGAUGCAAUUCCUUGUCCCUAUGAUAGGGUUGGGUUUCCAAUGCAUGCCAAGGUGGCACGGAGGCGCUUCCAGUCCAACGUGGAUACUUCUUUUGGUUGGGUUUAUUGUGGAUCGCAUAACUUCAGUGCAGCUGCCUGGGGACGGACUCUUUCAAGUCCAUCAAGUGUGAAAGGAGGUCGAUCCUGUAAAAACUCAUCUCCUCUAGGCUCAAGGCUUCAUGUGUGCAAUUAUGAACUAGGGAUCAUAUUUGUCUUCCCACCACCGGAGGCUGUCGAUAUUUCCAACAAAAAGAGCUCGAGCUUGGAUGAUAUCAUGUUACCAUUUGUUGUUCCUCCCCCAAAAUAUGGUCCUAGUGAUAGACCAGCGACUGCACGGGCAAUGAGGGAGUUUUUAGCUGAACAAGCUGGGCAAGAUAGAGAGAGUAUUGAAGAGGCAGAAAUAAUGGAAGAUAACUUAGAUGACGAGGAGGAAGUAGUUGUGGAAGCUGAGUGCAUUGGAGAGGAAAGUCCAGAGGAGAAAGCUUAUGCUGAGAUACUCUGGAGCCAGGUUGACUUGUCUCAGAGCUGCUGACUCUGCAUAGGAGAACAAAAUACUUUCUGCCAUGGAAACAUAGUCCAUUAAUUUUAAAACUCCAGUCAGUUGGAUGUUUUCCUGCUUCAUGGUUUUUCUGAAAGAAUUUGCAUUGGUACCUACAAGCUUGAGAACACUAACAACUUGUUAUGGGCUGUGUUAAGCUUUCAGAUUCAGAAUAGACUUUACUCUGACAGAAACUAGCAAAAUCUUCACUGGAGUUUUGUGAUGUUCUCCGAGCUGAGCUGUUUGGCAUUCGCUAUGGUAUUCGGCUGUUAAAGUCUUGAGGGCUCAACAGGUCCUCAUCGAGUCUGAUUCAAGGAUCACAGUCGAAGCUUAUUUGUCGGGGCGACAUCUUGUUUCAUCCUUGUCCCACUUGGGUCCAGGAGAUCCGUCCCAGCUACUCCAUGCCAAAAUUGUAUCAAAGUGCUGACUUCAUGGCUGAUCUUGAUAAUUCUUUCCCUGGAUUACAUGAUUUUGCCUCCCCUCCUAUGGGUAAUCAGGUGUGUCUUAAUGGCUGACAGUGUGGUUAUUAGCUUCUGGUAGCCGCUACAGCUUGUAGCUUCCUGUUUCCCUCAAAAAGGAGGAAAAAAAAACUGCGACAGUGAUCUGAUUCUUUGGGUCGCACAAAUCUAUGCAAUCCCUUGUAAAUAAGAUACUACCUUAUUUCUAUUACCACCAGGAUAGAGCUCACUCAAUUUUAAAGCCCAGGCAGGAUUGAACCUAAACUAAGAAUGGAGUUAACUAAUUAAAACAGCCCAGAAAGGUUUGAACAGACUCUAUGAAUAGUGUCAUAGGAUUGCUUUC